AUGGCUCGUAGGGUUCAUGGGACGGGAGGGGUGCGGAGUAGUAGCUACGUGCCGCACCUGGUGAUGAUCCUGGCGCAGCUGUGCUUCGCGCUCAUGUCCUUUAUCACCGAGGCCGCCAUGGAUAUGGAGCUCAACUCCUACGUCUACGUGACGUACAGGCAUCUUCUCGUUGCUCUUCUCAUCUGGCCUUUUGCCUACUACUUUGAGAAGGGGUUGAGGCCUAAAAUGACAUUCAUGCUGUUCCUGGAGAUAUUUGUACUGUCACUUCUGGGGGUGAGCUUAGGUCCUAACUUGUACUUCGCGAGCUUAGAGUACACAUCUCCAACAUUUGUCACUUCUAUGGUGAAUACCGUCCCUUCAAUAACUUUUGUCAUCGCUAUCAUCCUCAGAAUGGAGAUUGUAGACGCCAAGAGCCUACGAGGGAUGGUCAAAAUAGCUGGGACGGUGGUAUCGCUCGCCGGGGCGACCACCAUGACUCUGUACAAAGGAGAAGCGAUCACGAGCCACUGGAAGCCACCCAUACACAUGCCGGGCAGCAGCGUCGUGCGUCAGAGUUGGUGGCGAGGACCAAUCCUCGCAUUGGCCAGCUGCUUAUGUUGGUCCAUCUGGUUCAUUUUACAGGCGUCCUCAAUCAAGCGGUACCCAGCCCAUUGUUCGCUGACGGCAUGGAUGUGCACGGUUGGAGGGAUUCAGUCAGCCGUGUUCGCGGUGUUGAUGCAGCACAAGCGCCAAGAUUGGAUGAUAGGUUUUCUUGGACUCAAAUUCUGGUGCGUCGUCUACUCGGGAAUUGCCUGCAGCGGCUUCACAUUCUACGUUCAGCUGUGGUGCACCCAGAGGAAAGGUCCCGUCUUCGUUACCAUGUUUGAUCCCUUAGCGGCCAUCAUGGCGGCCAUGCUGGCCUAUUUCAUGUUCGGCGAAAACCUAUACAUAGGAAGCAUAAUCGGGGGUGCUGUUGUGAUUCUGGGCCUAUACAUGCUCUUGUGGGGAAAGGGCAAAGACCAAAUAGACAAAUCCAGCACGGAGCAUCAGUCGGAGCGGGAUGGCGACCAGUCGGAAGCAAGCUCUGCAGGACCGUGA